GAGAAGAUCCAGCAAAUGCAGAUGGGGCGACUGCGACAACUGGAAGCAAGUACGACGCGUCUGGUGACGAUGUUGGACCGUGGUAUUUUCAGCGCCUAUGCGCAAGGGGUAGACCUUCGUCGCGAAUUUCAACUGCGCACACUCAAUCCCUACGAGUUCUUCCGUUGCAUCACCCUUGCUUUCGAGCGGCUCAGAGGAAGCGCACGCUACCUGAAGCCGUACCUUCGUCACAGCAAAAGCGAUCAGGAGGCGCGCGCCCGGCUGUGCAAGAUUCUGGAACGGAACUACAGCACAAGAACUACAGCAGCCGGUGCGGCAGCUGCAACACAGAGUGACGAGGCGAACGCAGGUAUGGACGGAAUAAAGGAAAACGCGAAUCCUGCUACAGGUACAGCGGGAAACGAAAACUCAACGGACGCAGCGCAUGCACCAGGUGGCACCGGGCAGGUCGGCGGUAAAGUAAAUGGUGUACUAGACGCUCGCGUUUUGACUUU